UUUUUUGAGGGAGAGGAGAGAGUUUGGAUUGGCUAUUGAUCUAUGGGGUUAUAUUGCGAUACAAGUAGAGGCUUCUCUCUGCGUAGAGAGGGGCUGGUGCCCCCUUGGGUUUCACCUCUGCAGGCGACACCCCACGUUAUGCAUGCCUGACACGAGGGGAGAGGAGAGGCAAGGGAGCGGUGCCUUACAUUAUUAUGUAAUCUCUGCAUAAUAAUAUGUGGGGCAUCUGGCUGAACGAAGUUCAAGUUGGGAAGCUGAACCUUUGCCUGACAUCGGAGAACAGCAAAAGGGAGCCCUCAGGUGGUCAGCUGCCUGUGUGAGGUGUGAGCCAGGGGCCAGCGGGGGCAAGAGUCUCUUGGCCUGUGAGAGGACAUUCCUCUCUUUCCUCUCCACGAUGCCCCAAGCCUCCGAGCACCGCAUGAGCCGAGCUAGAGAGCAAGUGGUCAUCACCUCUCAGCCGAAAGCCACCUCUAAGCUCCCAAAUGGACACCGGGGCCCAAGCCAAGAGCACCGGGGCUCUUCUUCCUCGGCUGUAUCCAAUGGACUCUCUGUGACUUCCAAACUUCGCCCUUUACCGCCUAGACCAAGCCCUCUGGACGACAGGGGCAAGAAGCUGGACCUGGACCGAAGCAGAACCUCCAAGCGCGGUGAUGUGCUGCGUGGCUCUGCCACCCGCCGGGGCCCAGUCAAGGCGGACCACGCACUUAAAGUGCCUGCCUGCCCACUGGCCGGCACCAUCUCUGGCAGCGCCUCUUUUGCAAUGCCCCCUGGCGUGCUCCUCGGUGGGCCGGACUCGGAGCGCCGAAAAAGCAACCUGCUGCGCUCCAAGUCGAUCAGUAUCGGGGACUUGAGCCAGGCCGGCAGCCGUGGAGAGGAGCAGCUGAGUGCUGUGCUGAACCGGCUGGCUCUCCGGGACCGCAGCCCCUCCUGCAGCCACAAGCCCGGCCUGGGUGCGCUGGCCCUGAGGAGGAGCUCAUCCCUCCGGAGAGUCAACGUGACCACUGGGCUGGACGGGAGGCCGUCCGCUACCCUGCUGUCUGUCCGCAUGGAGGGCUGCCCGAGGACUCGCCCCAUGGACUCACAGGCUACAGAAUAUGCUCGCUCCCAAGACUUCUCAGUCUCCACGAGCCCGCCCCAGAGCAAGGCCCCCGUUCCCAGCAGGCUGGAGGAGAAGGCUGCCACUACCCAUCACACCCUCCUGCUAGGCUCUGGGCACCUAGGUCUUCGCAACCUUGGCAACACGUGCUUCAUGAACGCUGUGCUGCAGUGCCUGAGCAGCACCAAGCCCCUGCGGGAUUACUGCCUCCGUCGGGAAUUCCGCCAGGAGCAGCCCAGCGCGCUGCGGACCCAGCAGGAGUUGACUGAAGCCUUCGCAGAUGUCAUUGCCACCUUGUGGCAUCCCGAUGCCACGGAGGCCGCCAACCCCAGCCGCUUCAAAGCUGUCUUUCAGAAAUACGUGCCAUUCUUUACAGGAUACAGGCUACUGCUUUCUUCUUUCUCUAGCCAGCAGGACGCUCAGGAAUUCUUGAAAUUCCUUAUGGAUCGGUUGCACGUAGAGAUCAAUAGGAAAGGGCGCAAGACUCCCAGCAUCCUCUCUGACGCCAAGCGGACUGCAGUAUUGGAGGACGCUGACACCUUGAGUGAUGACGAGCACGCCAACCAGAUGUGGAAGCGCUACCUGGAACGAGAAGACAGCAAGAUUGUAGAUCUCUUUGUUGGUCAGUUGAAAAGCUGUCUCAAGUGUCAGGCGUGUGGCUAUCGGUCGACCACGUUUGAAGUUUUCUGUGACCUCUCUCUGCCCAUCCCAAAGAAAGGCUUCACCGGUGGGAAAGUCUCUCUGCUUGACUGCUUCAGCCUCUUCACCAAGGAGGAGGAGCUGGAUUCUGAGAAUGCACCGGUGUGUGACAAAUGCCGGCAGAGGACCCGGAGCACCAAGAAGCUGACCAUCCAGCGCUUCCCCCGCAUCCUUGUCCUGCACCUGAAUCGGUUCUCCACCACCCGCUACUCCAUCAAGAAAUGCUCUGUCUUUGUGGAUUUCCCCCUCCAGCAGCUGAACCUGAAGGAGUUUGCCAGCGAAAAAGCUGGCACCCCUGUGUACAACCUGUAUGCGCUGUGCAAUCACUCUGGCAGUGUCCACUAUGGCCACUACACGGCCUUCUGCAAGGACCAGGCUGGCUGGCGGGUUUACAAUGAUUCCCGGGUGUCUCCCAUCAGUGAGAACCAGGUCCCAUCAAGCGAGGGCUAUGUCCUUUUUUAUGAGCUGGAUGACAUGCACUGGAAGAAACAGUAAUAAGUAUUGAACCCAGCACUUUUGGCCUGCUGCCCUCUUUACCUCAGAGACUGGUGCUCGGGUCUUUUUAAAAAUGAAAAGCAUUUAAAAAAAAAAAAAGAAGACCGCAACGACAACAACAAAAAAACCAAUAAAACCCACACAUGACACUGUGCGUGCUUUUGUUCCCAAGACUGACCCGGGUCAGCCACCUCUCCUCCAUGUACGUACCCAGGUUCCCUUUUAUUUUAUUUUUCCUGUUCAUUCUUUUUAAAAAAAUAAAAUAAAAAUUCAUCAGGUCUUAAGGCCCGAUGGGAGCGAAAUGCUCACUCCCAUCGAAGGAUUGUGGUUAUGGGGCAAGACCUAGCAGAGGGGGGAGGACGCGUUUGUGAAGAGGUGCUGGUGUAGGAGGAAUCGCACAGGGCCUCCCCGGUCUGUCCAUCCGUGCCCCCCCCCCAGCCCUCAGGGGAAAUUACACAUGCUUUCCCCCUCAGUCAGAGACUGGCAACCACUACUGAUUUUAACGAAUAUGUGACUUUGUAUAUAAUGACGGAUUUGUACGUAGAUGCUGAGAGAAAAAUGAAGAGGCUGAAAGUUUUU